AAUUAAACAGUCAAGAAAAAUCAAAAUGCAGCAACAACAUCAAGCUCUAGUUUUAAUUUCAAAAAUGGUGAAAAUCCCGCCUUUAAAAGCUCUCUCACUCGUCAAUUCAUCCAUUAAUCAACCCGGUUUGGUUUUACGCCCGAAAAUCAGUUCUUUUAUGUAUGAAUCGGUUAUCAUCGCCUAUAUUCUAUCUGGGUCAACAGAGCAAGCUCUGUUUUACUUUGAACAAACUGUGAAUAAAGGCAUUGUUAUUGAACCUAAUGUUUUCAAUACGCUGUUGAAAUCUUUCGUUAAAUCGAGUUCUUUCGAGAAGGCAUUGCUGUUUUUUAACGAAACGAAAGGGAAAAUAAAACUCGAUAUGUACAGUUUUGGCAUUAUGAUUAAAAGCUGUUGCGAAGCGGGUGAGUUGGACAAAGGUUUUGAGCUAUUGAGUGAGUUGGAAGAGACGGGUUUUGACCCGAAUGUAGUUGUUUAUACUACUUUAAUUGAUGGGUGUUGUAAGAAUGGUGAUGUUGAGAGAGCAAAGCUUUUGUUUAAUAAAAUGGGGGAGCUUGGUUUGGUUGCUAAUGAGUUUACUUACACUGUUUUGAUUAACGGGUUCUUUAAAAAAGGUCGUAAAAAAGACGGGUUUAAGCUGUUUGAAAAGAUGAAGAUUGAUGGAGUGUUGCCCAAUUUGUAUACUUACAAUUGUGUGAUGAAUGAGUGGUGUAAUGAAGGGAAGAUUGAUCAAGCAUAUCAACUGUUCGAUGAAAUGCGUGAGAGAGGUAUCGUGUGUAAUGUUGUUACUUAUAAUACCUUGAUUGGUGGGCUGUGUAAGGAGUUGAAGGUAUUGGAGGCUAAUAAGUUGGUUGAUCAAAUGAAGAGAGGUGGUAUUAGUCCGAAUUUAGUUACGUAUAACACGCUAAUACACGGUUUUUGUAGCGUAAAAAAGAUGAAUAAAGCGUUGAGUUUGUUUGAGCAAUUGAAGUCGAAUGGUUUGUCUCCGUCUUUAGUUACGUAUAAUAUUUUGGUACAAGGCUAUGCUAAUAGCGGAAAUUGGGUGGCCGUCGCUGAUUUAGUUAAGGAGAUGGAGGAACGAGGCAUUUCGCCUUCGAAAGUUACAUAUACGAUCCUAAUUAGUUCGCACGUUCGAAAUGGCGAUAUGGAGAAAGCAUUUUAUUUCUAUUCUUCAAUGGAGUCUAUUGGUCUUGUUCCUGAUGCACAUGUCUAUGGUGUAUUAUUACAUGGUUUGUGCAUGAAAGGUCAUAUGAAAGAAGCUUCGAAACUAUUUAGAUCAAUGAAAUUUGAAGCUAGUGAUGUUAUAUACAAUACAAUGAUUAAUGGUUACUGCAAAGAAGGUAGCUCAUUUAGAGCCUUGAGGCUUGUUAAAGAAAUGGAGGAUUUGGGAUUGGUUCCAAAUGUGGCUAGCUAUAGUUCUACUAUUGGAGUCUUGUGCAAUGAUGGUAAGUGGCAAGAAGCUGAGACCUUACUGAACAAGAUGAGAGAAUUGGGGCUAGAGCCAACAGUUUCAAUCUACAACUUGGUUUCUAAAACAAAAUACGGGACAGAAUUAUCGCAUUGAGAAAUGGGAACAGUGAAAUAAGAAGCACCGAAACGAAAUAAGAUAAUGAUUUUUUUUUAUAUAUAAGAACGGGUUAUACAAAUAGAGGUUUGGAGGGUAUCUUUAGAUUAUAUGCCGAUUUCUCUAAUGCUUUUCUUCGUUCAAGGUUCAAUAUUCAGGCGCAAGCUAUUAAACGAGCAACUGAAGCUGUUGGGAGCCGGGGAGUAAGCGUAAUUCUUUUUGCAUAAUUUUGUUUAUUAAAUUUAGAAUGCCUCUAUUUGUGCAAAUGGUAUUUUGAACUUGAAAUGAGUUUCACAAGCAUUUUUAAAAAUAAA